AUGAUUUAUAUGGUGAAUCAAGUUGAGUGGAAUCGAAGAGCGAGAAAAUUGUUAGCUGUUACAGACAAUGUCAGUAAAAUUGGAAAAUUCAUCGUCGACAACAUAAACUAUUUUAUACAUUUCUGUUAUGGUGGCAAAAAUGUUUUUUCUCUGACAGAAAAAGGAUUAGAAUCUUUCAUUUCAUCGUGCAGAGUUAAAAGUCAGAAGCUCAAGGUUGACUGUGAAAUUGAUUUGUUCUGCAUGAGCGAUAGCAGCUUUCCUUCACUUCAAGGAUGCUCUCUCGCUGAAAAGGAGUCAAGUAAAUCGAAACAAGCAAGCAAGCCAUGA